AUGAAGAGUAUACUCCUGUUUGCCCUCCUAGGACUUGCCGGUAAGUUGUAACUCUAAAGCAGUUCUUUCACACAAAUCUAACCUCUGUUCGUACUCCUAUAUCUGAUGCUCACCCUAAAGACUUCUCUAGGAGUGCACCGUUCCUAUGGAACGCCCUUCCCCUCUAUGUUAGACUUUCACCCAGUCUCCACUCUUUCAAAACAUACUUUUUAGGAAAGCGUAUCAAUUAAACUGUGAUCAGCUUUCUCUUCCAACACCCUGAUUCCUCUCCUCCAACUGUCAUCAAAACAACACCUAGCCCUCAAUGAAUACUAUCCUAGCAGCAUACUUUUCUACCAUACCCUUACCUUUUGUGUCACAAUACCCCACUCCCUCUAGCAUGUAAGCUCAUUGAGCAGGGCCCUCAAUCCCUCAUUUCUUGUGUGUCCGACUCGCCUGGUUACAAAUAUGUGUCUGUUAGUCUACCCAUUGUACAGCUCUACGGAACUUGUUGGCGCUUUAGAAAUAUUAAUAAAAAUAAUAAUAAUAAUAAUAAAUAUCACUUAUUACUGCUUAGUACCACAUUUUGCCACAUGUUUCCUUACAAGCAGCACUUACUAUCACUAUAAACCCAUUACUAUUAAAUUUAAACCAGUACAUAUUAUCUUACAAUCUCUACUGACAGUAAUAGCUACUCUCUGCAAUGUAUCACCAGUUAUCGGCCAAUGACCACCAUUUAUUUCCACCUAUCACCACUUAUUCUCCUAUUACCACAAUUUUUUUCCCAUUCCCCUAUCACCUUAAUGUAAUGCUUUACAUUAACAAUUUCCAUCAUGUAUUACUACUCAUUCCCCAAUUACCACCAUGUAAUACACACAGGACAUUUAUGCUUACAUCAUUACCAAUUAUUAGCACAAUUAAAAUAUAUUAACACUUAUUAAUAAAUCAUGUUGCAUUUCUACAGCCGCAUUCCCCUUGGAUGAUGAUAAGAUCGUAGGAGGCUAUACCUGCCCUGAAAAUUCCGUUCCAUACAUCGUGUCUCUGAAUGUUGGCUACCACUUCUGUGGAGGGUCUCUGAUUAAUGAUCACUGGGUGGUCUCUGCUGCUCACUGCUACCAAUCGUAAGUAAUGUAGAUGUAAAAAAGUGGUAAUUAGUCCAAAACAUUACAGGAAAAUAAUAAAAAAAACUCAAACACUCUCAGUUAUAAUCGUUUGGUUCUAAACUGGUAAGAGAUAAACUUAGGAGGCUAUUAUUUCUUUGUAAUAUGUUUGCUGAUUUUGUAGCUUUUUCGUAUCAUACUAUUAGACUGUGAUUACCAUGAUGACAAUCAGUGUUAAUUUUGGCGGCAAAUUUCAAUUUAGUUUUAGUCAUAGUCUUUUGACUAAAAAGCCAUUUUAAUUUUAGUCAUCUGAAUUAUUUUAGUUUUAGCCUAGUUUUAAUAUUAUUAUUUUUAUUAUGUUAUUAUUUAUAAAGCACCAUCAAAUUCCACAGCGCUUUACAUCUCAAAAAUCUUAGUCGACCUAAAUUUGACUAAAAUUGUUAGUCGACAAAAUAAACACUGAUGCCAAUGUAGGUUUUCUCUAGAUAAAAAGGGUAGCCUUGUGAUACUAGCUUGACAGUAAAUUUAGAUGUUUUGUUGUCCCUGCCCUCAUAGCCCACAGUCUGAUAAGAGAGUGAAUGGAAAGAGCAGGGAGGAAACAGAAUUAUUUUCUUGGCGUACAUCUUAAGGGUGGUAGAUUGUUGUUAAUAUAGUAUGGACAUUCAGAUUAAACAAAUUAGUAAUAAAUGUUUAUAAAUAUUUAUCAUAUAUUUAGUAUAUACAUCUAUGUUAACCGGCACCUUCUUGAUCACUUGCAGACGCAUUGAAGUCAGACUUGGAGAACAUAACAUUGAAGUGAUCGAGGGAAAUGAACAAUUUAUCAAAUCUGAAAAGGUUAUCCGCCACCCAAAUUACAAUUCCUAUAUGAUUGACAAUGACAUCAUGUUAAUCCGACUGUCAGAGCCCGCCAAACUGAACAGCCGUGUACAGCAAAUCCGUCUGCCUACAGCCUGUGCUCCAGCCGGAACACAAUGUCUCAUCUCUGGAUGGGGAAACACUCUGAGCUACGGAUGUGAGUAUCUAGCAGUCUGAGAUUCUCUUUACUUUCUCUUAGCUAUCUAAAAAAAUUAAGUUUACUCCAAACAUUUUAAAUGCCUGGAGGAUUAAUACAAAUACAGAGUCUGAGCGUGUCACCCAAAAGGAAUACCAAGUAACUCACAGAACACCCGUGUGGCAACCUCUCUUAUCCACACUAAAAUUAAACUGAAAUAUAUACAUACAUAGUGGGUGGGGUAUCUCGGUCCAGGGUAACAGGUGGUGGUACAGAUAGAGAUACAGAUGAUAUAACUGUAAAAAUACAAUGGUAGACAGGCACCUAGUGCAAUAUCAUACAGUAUAAGAGUAAUAUAGUGUAUAGCCAAUAUUAUUGUACUCACAAGGAGAGAGACAGGGAAUUAUGGCUCAAUCUGGACGCCUGUGGGAUAAUCAAAAGGGAUCCCACUCCCUUUACAUGUGCAGAUGGUCCUUUGUUGAUUCCAAAAAGAAAUGUCCACAUCAAUUAUUAUUGGGGACUAAAUUUCUUUUAAUAAACAAAUAAAAAAUAAAUAAAAUUGCAAUAAAGUGCAUAAAUAAGAGUAAGAUUCUAAUCUGCUAGAAACCACUAUAUAGUGGAAAAGUAGAUAAGUCCUCUGUGGGAUACAAAACAAAUGCAAGACGCGUUUCACCUAAGUUCUAGUUGCAACUGAGGAAGCCUAGAACCUAGAGCCUGAAACGCGUCUUACAUUGGUUUUGUAUCCCACAGAGGAUUUAUCUACUUUUCCACUAUAUAGUGGUUUCUAGCAGAUUAGAAUCUUACUCUUAUUUAUACACUUUAUUGCAAUUUUAUUUAUUUUUUAUUUGUUUAUUAAAAUAAAUGUAGUCCCCAAUAAUAAUUGGUGUGGACAUUUCUUUUUGGAAUCAACAAAGGACCAUCUGCACAUGUAAAGGGAGUGGGAUCCCUUUUGAUUAUCCCACAGGCGUCCAGAUUGAGCCAUAAUUCCCUGGCUCUCUCCUUGUGAGUACAAUAAUAUUUGCUCUACACUAUAUUACUCUUAUACUGUAUGAUAUUGCACUAAGUGCCUGUCUACCAUUGUAUUUUUACAGUUAUUCCAUCUGUAUCUGUAUCUGUACCACCACCUGUUACCCUGGACCGAGAUACCCCACCCACUAUGUAUGUAUAUAUUCCUGGAGGAUUAAUGUUUGGCAUUUUGCUAUGAAAUAGUGCACAUACAGAAUGCAACCCCUCUGUGGCCAGAAGUGUUGUUGUUUUUUUAAUUAGUGUGGGUGGACCAACACUGCAAGGGUUACUCUAACCAAUCUUUUAUGAAACACUGUAUUUUUGUUUGGAGUAACCCUAUAACAUAUUCAGGUUAUCAUUAUUUAUUAUUUAAUAAAGCACCAUUUUGGGGUGCAGCACUGUAAUGUAAGGUGACAGUACAAACAAGUUAACACACAGAAAAAGUUACUUUAAAUAAAUGGUAAUGAACGCUGUGCUCCAUGACUUUACCAGAACAAUAGAAAGUUAUUUUGGCUUAGCAUGAAAAUGUUAUAUGAUCUAUUUCCCUUCUGGGAUUCAGUCUUUUUUUUUUUUUUUCUAGCAAAUUAUCCCGACCUUUUGCAAUGUUUGGAUGCUCCUAUCCUCACUGACCAGCAGUGCCGUGAAGCUUAUCCAGGACAAAUCACCCAAAAUAUGAUCUGUGUGGGUUAUCUCGAAGGAGGAAAAGAUUCCUGCCAGGUAACAAAGAAUAGCCAAAAGAAAAAUCCUCAGAUUGGUUAGGGCACUGAUUGUAUAGUGUUACUCCAAAAUAGUAUAUAAUUUCAUAAAGGGACAAUAUGAUGAUAGUAUUACCUUACUAUCUAGAAUAAUAAUCAUCAUUGGUGGGAAUUAUGUAAGAUUUCACAGCAAUCACAAAUGUCUCAAAUAUAAAAUAAGAAGGGAUACCAUAUACAAUCCAAUAUUCAGCAUUUCGUUGUUUAGCAAAAAAUAUCUACAAAUAAAGUAAUUUCUUGGACACUACUGGGAACCAAUUGGGUACAUUGAAAGAGUGGAAUACUGCAUUGGAAGUGGAAGAAUGACACAUAAUUCUAACAUGAUCCAAAGUCAUUUAUAUGCCCCAGAAAUAAUUUCAUCUGCUUGCUGAUGUGUGCGGACUGCAAUCUGUGCAGGGCGAUAAGGACUGUAAUGUGUGGGACUGUAAUUAUUAAAAACAAGAAAGCUUCAUUCCAAUGUCUAAAUAAUAUGCUUAUUAUAACAUUUUGUCUAAAUAAAUAUAUAAUAAAUAUAUCAUAAUAUAUGUUAUUUAGACAAAGGAAAGAAGUACAGAAGUUUUUUAAUAGGAUAUAAAAUAGCAAGUAUGACAUACAACAUAAAUAGAUACAUUUGAAUACAAUGACCAAUAUAACCAGAGACAAAACAAAACCCAGAGGUUUUUUAAUAGGAUAUAAAAUAGCAAGUAUGACAUACAACAUAAAUAGAUACAUUUGAAAACAAUGACCAAUAUAACCAGAGACAAAACAAAACCCAGAAAGUUGGGUUUUAUUACCUAGACAGAUGAUAAACACAAAGCUUAAUAUUCCAUAAUGUAAAAAAUUGACAUGUUUCCUAAUUUAUUUCCCAGGGUGACUCAGGUGGCCCAGUGGUUUGCAAUGGAGAGCUGCAAGGAGUGGUAUCUUGGGGUAGAGGCUGUGCUUUAUCUGGGUAUCCAGGCGUUUAUGCUAAGGUGUGCAACUACAUUGGCUGGAUUGAGGAGACCAUCGCCAACUACUAA